AUGAGUAGCACCAGGCACCAAUCUCUGUUCUUUGCCAGUCUGCCGGAGCUACAAAAACUCUGUGCCACUACAGUAACACUGAGUUCUCAGAUACCGGAAAAUGAGACAAGGAGUACACAGAUAAAGAUUUGCAGACAGUUAUUAUUCCUGCAUCAAGACAUCCUUUCUGCACCUGUUAUUGGAACACUAAAUCAAAUUUCAGUUGUAAUGGCGAUACCAUUUUACAAAUCAGGAAUAUGUCAAGCCUACGUAGAGAAACACGGAGCUACCCUGGAAGCACCACAAACAGUUAGUCCAGUCGUUCUCCAAACCUGUCUCUCCUACACACUGACAGCCAGACUUGCACCCAGAUGGAACAAGGCUGGUCAUCUCUUGGUGCAAGGAGAAGAUUUUUUGUCUCACUCAGGAAGGCAAAAUGCUGUUGUUAUAGACCUCAACGUAGCAGAGAGACAGCUUUGCAUCAGUGUGGAGGCUUGCUCAAUUCGGUUGCCACCCCCUGAGCUGGGAGAUUUUGAUAUUUCAGCAAACACAUUGAAGCUGUUUAACAGUGAUGAAAAUACAGUUAUUCACCAACAUUCCAUAUUAAGUAACUGGUGCUAUGUUUUGCCAAGCAUGAAAAUGGGUCAAAUCAUAAACAUCAGCCACAUAAUUCCUCCAGAAUCUCCUUUCCGUUCAUAUGAAGAACUUCAAAUCCACUGGAAGAAUCUGUAUGGAUAUAUUCUUCCAGAGGAUCUUGACGAGACAAAAAUAUACUUCAGUAUUUACUUCAGGCCAAUAGGGGAAAAGUUCUUUACGUAUCCUUUAAAUUGCAUUCGAAGUCAGCCAGUGCAGUAUUUCCCUAGAAUGAAUUCAGAAAGUGUGCUGAACUCUUUUCUUUCUGACAUGAAGCGUAAUCUUUCACAUCUAUGUGGAUUUCCAGUAAAGAUGACAAGUAAAGCACUUUAUGCUACGCAGGAACUCUCCAGGGCUCUGGUGCGUGAAAUAAAAUCUAAGCACAUGAAAUUGGCUGGUGAGAUGGUUUGUGUAGCUUCUGUAACGCAGGCUCCUCCAAGGAAACAGUCUUUGCCUAGAAUUUCUUCACCGUGCAGCACGGAGAACAGCCACAGGAUGGAGCGCUGGAUCAAAGAGCCAGAAACGCGCUCUCACUCGAGUAGCUCUAAGGGUACAGAAAGGGCUAGCGUUGAAGCCACAGAGAAAUCAGUGAGUAACAGGCAGACACCAGGAAUACCAGAGUUACCAGCUGUGAAACCUUUAGGGAUGCCUGUAAAUUCAGCCUUUGAGCUCCCCCUCAAAAAAGUCAGCAAAAUUAUACCAAUUUUCAAAGGAAAGUUGAUGCAAAUGAAUGGAAAGACCACAAAUCAAAUGGAUGGGAAGAAAAGAGAAAAUGCUGAAAGAUGUUCCCCAGCAAAAAUGAUGGGCGUUUCAUCUUCUAUGCUGACUGCGCAUAAGUCCAGCAUAACUCAGGUUUACAAGCCCGUUCAAAAUAUGUCUGUCAAAAAUCCUACUCAUAGCGGUGUACUUCAGGUAAUGAACACAAAAACAUACGCAAAACAUGGUAUACCCAUAUUUCGAUGGAGAACAGAGUCCAGGGGACAAAUGACUACUUCUGAUUUUUCUGAUAACUCACCUUCAGGUGGGGGUUCAAGUGAAGACAGUCAUAAAAAGGCAAAUUCUCCUUCUGUGCUGAAGAAUUUUGGGUCAGUGCUUCAGAAAUCUAACAUCAAUCUGAGUCUGAAUACAUACGCAUCUCCUACUUCCAGUGCAAGCAGGGGAAAAAAGUUUGCAAGUCAAAACAUCGUGCAAGUUCUUGAGAAACAACACCAGUCAAAGAAAGUACAUUUGCAGAUUUGUAAAUUAGACAAUGAAACAACAGAUUCCAGUUUAUCACAGGCACAAAGAAAGAGAUCAAAUGAAGGAGCAGGGUUAAAUAUUCAUGAAUCUGUCUUAAAUGUGUGCAUCGCCAAAAAUGAAGGAAAUAAAGCAGCAUGCCAUUCUAAGGACUACAUUGCUAAGACAACUAGUUGUCAUUCCAAAUCCAACUUUGAACAGAUGACUAUUGGGAACGAGUAUCUGACAUGUGAAACACUGACCUCGAAACUGACUUCCUCAAUCAAGGAGAGCAACGUGGAAGCAUCUGUAAAGAAACGUUGUGCCAGAAGAGGACAGAAGGAAGAAGGUUAUUCAAAGUUAAAUAAAGCCAAGAGAAGUAAGCCUUCCAUUUAG